CGUUUAAUUCAUUCUUUGAUAUCGAUUAGUCGAAUCCAUUUUUCUUCAUCCGACAUUUUCUUUUAAGUCAACUUUGAUACUCGUAAGGCGCAUACGCAACGGUAAAAGAAAGCUUUCAUUGAGGCAAACAUAUUGAAACGUUUUCACGAUCGUUUAUAUGCUCACUGAGCGUUUUAAACAUCGAUUGAAUUAUUUUAUCCAAUUUAUGACGAUUCGAUUAGCCAUUCAACGUGUUAUGGACAUCGAUGAAUAAAAUGUGAAUGCUGUGUGAAUUAGUGUUAUUCCUCGAGUAUGCGUUUUUUACAUUUUUUAUUAAUAAAUACAAAUCUAGUGUUCUUGUGUAUGAUGCAGUUAAGUUUGAUUUUUCUCUACAUCGGUGGUUGAAUGAGGGCGCGACCGGUAUUUUCCCGUAGUACAAAUCCAAAAUGUCAGACAUCGAUAAAUGGAUAGAUAUCGCUAAAGAAUGCAAAUAUCUUCCGGAAAAUGAUCUUAAGAAACUUUGUGACAUUGUAUGUGAUUUAUUAUUGGAAGAGUCCAAUAUUCAACCUGUGUCUACUCCGGUAACGGUUUGUGGCGAUAUCCAUGGACAGUUUUAUGAUCUGGAGGAAUUAUUCCGUAAUGGAGGACCUGUGCCUGAUACAAAUUAUAUAUUCAUGGGUGAUUUUGUGGAUAGGGGCUAUUAUAGUUUAGAAACAUUUACACGCCUACUCACGCUUAAAGCUAAAUGGUCUGAUAGAAUAACAUUACUCAGAGGGAAUCAUGAAUCAAGACAAAUUACACACGUCUAUGGAUUUUACGAUGAAUGUCAAAACAAGUACGGCAAUGCAAAUGCAUGGAAGUAUUGUUGCAGAGUCUUUGAUUUGCUCACAGUUGCUGCCUUAAUCGAUGAACAAGUUCUUUGUGUACACGGUGGAUUAUCCCCAGCUAUUUCAACGUUAGAUCAAAUUAGGACUAUUGAAAGAAAUCAAGAAAUACCGCAUAAAGGUGCUUUCUGUGAUUUGGUAUGGUCUGAUCCAGAAGACGUGGAUGGAUGGACAGUUAGUCCACGAGGAGCUGGUUGGCUGUUUGGAAGUAGAGUUACUUAUAAAUUUAUGGAAAUAAAUGACCUUAAACUGAUUUGCAGAGCUCAUCAACUGGUGCAUGAAGGCUAUAAAUACAUGUUUAAUGACAAAUUAGUGACAGUCUGGUCAGCUCCAAACUACUGUUACAGAUGUGGUAAUGUAGCUAGUAUUUUACAGUUUACAACAGUAGAUCAUAGAUGUCCAGUGCUGUUUCAGGCAGUACCUGAUUCGGAAAGAGUGAUUCCACCCUUAAUCACAACUCCAUACUUUUUGUGAUUUAACUUAGUAAUUCGUUUGUUUGGACGCAGAAAGGAGAUAUCUGUGUCUAAACUCAAUAGAAUUACAUGAUUUUUGGAUAAUGAAUCCAGGCUGGUACUAUGACGGAGCAUAAAAAUUCCCUAAAAUAUAUUACAGAAUAUUGUAUUGCUUGAAAUUUUUUUUAUCUCCCUUUGGGUUAAAUCAAUUUUUUUAUUUCUUAUUAAAAGAAUACAUAUUUUAAUGUUUUUUCUAAUCAAACUUGUAUAACUUUGCAGACAAUUUACCAUGUAAUUAUUACGAGAAAAGAGUAUUGAAACAAUUUUUAAAAGAAUUUUAUGAACUUUUGUAUAUUAAAAAGCCAAUUUUUAUACUUAGCAUCUGCCAUUGCAUCAGCCUGAUUUCUCUAGUUUAAAAAUAUUUCCCAUUGGAAUAAAUGUGAAACAUUUUAUGGUCUAGACGCUUCGCUGUCUACUGUGUACAUUCUAUAGAGCAUUCGUAUCUCAGAGCAACGUUGUGAACAUAUUGUUGCGAAGGCUGAGGCUUUUUAAAUAAUUUAUGAACAUAAUUAAGUAAAUGGUCCAACUGUGUGUGGAUGGAUAAAUAAACAGAUGUCAUAUAUAAAACAUUCCGGCAUAUAAGACAGGCGCUCUGAGUACAAUCAAUGCUUCAUUGAUAUUAUGAUCGUUGUGCGUAGAAUUCAGGUUUAUUCAAGCGUAAGCGUAUAUACUAUUGUUAAGGUCUUCCUGAGUAAAUGAUACAUUUCCGAUUUAGUAGAUAUACAUACUGGUGUGCUGCGUGCAAUUUUUUAAUUCUAGAUGCGCAAUCAGUGUUCUUAGCAGCAUAAAUUUGGCGUUUUAUAUGCCAUGGUACAAAUAGCGUAUAGCAGUAGCCAAAGUUUUUCUGCCUAGGUAAGGAAAUCUACGAGAGGAUUGUAUUAUUCAUAAUUGUUUUUUUUCUUUUUUUUUCUUUUUUUUCUUUCUUUUAUUUCUCUUUUAUUUUGUUUCGUUUCUAAUCUUGUAUCCUUUUUUACGCACAUGACAUUUUUUUAUAUCAUCUUUUAAAACGUAUAUAUAUAUAUAUAUAUAUAGAUAUAUAUAGAGCUCUCAAUAUCGAUCACCUGCAAAGUAUACUCUUAUUCUACUAUUGGUAUUCGUUCAUAAAAGCUCGGCCUUUUUAGCCAUUUUUCUCUCUUUCUAUAUAAGUACAAAGCAAUAGUUUUGAAUAUUAUUACAUAUAUUAUCCGCGUCUUUGUACAGUUUCCACGUUGUAUGCCAAAUUGCUGUUGUACUGAAUAAUCGUAUUAGCUAGUUUCUUAUAAGUUCAUUACUAUAGGGAGCAACUUGUAAAACAAAUCGAGACCCUUAGCAAUGUGCCUCUCUAAAUUGAUAAGCGUUUGUGUAAUAUAAUAUGAUAACAGUAUCUAUACAUAAUUAAUGGGAAACGCACUGGCCAUUGCGUAUUAUAAGCCUGAAUUCUGACCAUCGAUUGAUGAUGAUUAGCUCACGAUAUAUUCCUAAUUGAUCACAGACCCGAUUAAUAUCGCAUUGGCAAAUUGGCACUGGCUGUCAAAGUAUGGAAAUUAUUCUAUUUUGAAUUUUGUGAUAUAGAUCGAACGAGAGGCAUGUGAACGUUAUGUCGACGUUUAUAACGAUUCUCCUUGUCGAAAUCGUUCGAAGAUGUUUUAAUAACUUGUUACUUCAAGGAAUAUAGUAAACAUUUAAAACAGUGCCUUCAGAACUAUAAUACGACACGGUCUACUAGAAAUAAAUACUUUCUACCGACAGAUAGUAAUAGAAGUAAGACGAAUUAUAUGAUGAAUGCCAGAGAGUUCAACGAGGACGUAUAAAAACACACAUAUAACGUGUAGAAAAGAUCUCUUUAUCCGUUUUUGUUCUAAUCGCUUUGAAGAACAUCCUACGGAACGUUCUCUCUUCUAAUGAAAUUAAUUGCACAUAUCACACGUAUUUUUAUUAUAAUAUCACUUAUGUGCUUUAGUCGACUAUUUAACAUUUUAAAUAAUUGAACUUUCGUGGCGGUCGAUGAUAGAUUAACCGUCCGACUUUUCAGUUUAUUCACACAUAUCUUAUAUCAUUUUUAUUAUCUUUAUUCGAAAAAAAAAA